CAGUAGUAGCAGCAGCAGCUCACUAGGAGGAUGGUGUGAGUGCAGCAGCCCCUCUCUCUCCUCUUCUCCUCUCCUCCUCUCUCUGUCUGUCUCUGUCUGUCCCCCCACCCCCCUCUUUCCCCGGGUCUCUGUGCCGGAUGGUGUGCGGGGCUCCCCGGGCAGGGGAUGUGAUCUGCCCGGGCUCAGUCACUCAGCGGUCGCCGCAAUGAUCAGGAUCUUCCCGGACUUCAGUGUGCAGGUGACGGCGGCUCCGGGGUCUGGCGGGGCUCCUCCUGAGCCCGGGGCGGCCAGGAGCGGGGGAGCCAACGGGAGCCACCCGCACAAUGUGUCCGGGGUCAGCUCCUACCAGCAGCGGGGAGCCUCCAGGUCUAUCAGCGCAUGUCCCGUCCCCUGUCCUCCAGACCUCAACCUAAGUUUACAAGCCCUGCGGAAAGAAAAAUCCAGGGACGCUGCUCGCUCCCGGCGCGGGAAGGAGAACUUUGAGUUUUAUGAGCUCGCCAAACUCUUGCCUCUCCCUGCAGCCAUCACCAGUCAACUGGACAAGGCCUCCAUCAUCCGGCUUACCAUCAGCUACCUGAAAAUGAGAGACUUUGCCAACCAGGGAGACCCCCCAUGGAAUCUACGUAUGGAAGGCCCGCCUCCCAACACCUCUGUCAAAGGUGGGUUCCUAAUCACGAGCCUUAUUACAUUUAUAGGAGCCCAGAGGAGAAGAAGUCCCAGCUCGUUGGCCAUAGAUAUUUUUGAUUGUCAUCUUGGGAGUCACAUCCUACAGUCUCUGGACGGAUUUGUAUUUGCACUAAAUCAAGAAGGAAAAUUUUUGUACAUUUCGGAGACUGUGUCCAUCUACCUUGGCUUGUCUCAGGUGGAGCUGACUGGAAGUAGCAUAUUUGAUUAUGUCCACCCUGGGGACCAUGUGGAGAUGGCGGAGCAGCUCGGCAUGAAACUGCCCCCAGGCCGCGGGCUUCUCUCGCAGAGUGCCAACGAUGAUGGUGCCAGUUCAGCAUCCUCAUCCUCGCAGUCAGAGACUCCCGAGCCGGUGGAGUCCUCCAGCCCCGGGAUUCUCCCUCAGGACAACUCUCUAGAAAGGUCUUUCUUUAUUCGGAUGAAGUCUACACUGACAAAGAGAGGCGUGCAUAUCAAAUCCUCGGGCUACAAGGUGAUCCACGUAACUGGACGGCUGCGUCUCCGCAUGUCUUUGUCUCAUGGGCGUUCUGGUACUAGUCAAGUGAUGGGUUUAGUAGUUGUGGCUCAUGCACUCCCUCCUCCAACCAUCAAUGAAGUCCGCAUUGACUGUCAGAUGUUUGUAACACGUGUCAACAUGGACCUCAAUAUUAUAUACUGUGAAAAUAGAAUCAGCGAUUACAUGGACCUCAAUGCUGUGGAUCUGAUGGGCAAACGAUGCUAUCACUUCAUCCAUGCUGAAGAUGUGGAAGGCAUCAGACACAGCCACCUGGACUUGUUGAACAAGGGCCAGUGUGUGACCAAGUAUUACCGGUGGAUGCAGAAGAAUGGGGGCUACAUCUGGGUCCAGUCUUGUGCUACCAUUUCAUUCAAUGCUAAGAAUGCCAAUGAGAGGAACAUCAUCUGGGUCAACUACAUCCUCAGUUUGCUUGAAUACAAGGACAUUCCAAUGGAUAUUGCUCAGCUGCCACAUUUGCCUGAGAAGACGUCAGAGUCUUCGGAGACAUCGGACUCUGAUACAGACUCCAAGGAUAAUUCAGAGGAUAAUGAUAAUCCGAAGUCAGAUGGCAAAGGGAACCUUUCAGAGCAAAGUGAGGAUCCAGAGCCGGACCGUAAGCAGCCUGGGCCACAUUCUGACCCCGAGAUGAACUGUGACGAAGAGGCCAACAGCUCAAGUGAUGCUUGCAGUGAGGAGAGUGAAGAAAGUGAAGACUGUGAGGUUAGGAAGGCAGAAGAAGAGAUGGAACAAGGAGGGUUAAGUGCGUUAGGGGGUAUUACUGCUCUGGGAGCACUUGGCCCUAUGCACAUUAAAGUUGAGCGCUACACAGAGAGUGAGACGGACAUGCGUGGACCUGAGUCCCUGAGCUCUGACAGUGUCAAAGACUCUGAGAGUGGGGAAGAGGAGGAAGAAGAAGAGAGGGGAAUUUGUGUCACUGGGGUUCUAGGCAGACACCAGCGAAGAAAAAGGAGGAGGAGAAAAGGCUUAGGGCCAUGUGGUGGACGAAGGAGGCGUCUGUCUGGGGGAUCCAGCCCUAGUGGGAUAGAGGGCACAUUGGGGGAUCCUCCAAGACUCCUGCCUUCCACUCCUCCUCCAACAGGAAGCUGUUCUUCUUCAUCUGUACUAAAGAUCAAGACAGAAAUGUCAGAGCCUAUCAACUUUGAUAAUGAUAGCAGUAUUUGGAACUUCCCACCUAAUCGGGAGAUCUCACGCAAUGAAUCCCCUUAUAGUAUGACAAAGCCUCCUGCAGGAGGUGAGCACUUCUCCCCCUCCCCAUCCUCCACUGCUGCUGCACCUCCAGCCCUCCAUGUUUCCAUACCAGACUCUGUUCUCACACCCCCAGGUGGGGCUGAGGGAGCUGGGCGCAGCAAAGCGCAAUACUCUGGAUCCUCAGGGGGCUUGGGUUCUGUCAACUCUGACCCACUUUCACCUCCACUCUCUGCUUCUCCCCGUGAGAAACCACCCCAGACAGGUGGCCCAUCAAAUUCCCUUCUGUACGCAGGAGAGCUAGAAGCACUACAGAGGCUUCAGGCAGGCAAUGUGGUCCUUCCUCUUGUACAUCGUGUGGCAGGAACUCUUGCAGCCACAGGAAGUAGUGGACAGAGGGUGUAUACUACAGGCACCAUUCGCUAUGCCCCAGCUGAGGUGACACUCGCCAUGCAGGGCAACCUGCUCCCCAAUGCCCACCCAGUGAACUUUGUGGAUGUAAAUGGCCCUGGUUUUGGUUUGGAUCCCAAAACCCCAAUGGAGAUGCUGUACCAUCAUGUACACCGAUUAAACAUGUCUGGCCCAUUUGGAGGAGCGGUGACAGGUGCUGGUCUUACCCAGGUGCCUGCUGCCAGCGUCUUCACGACAGCUGAUGGGAUAUUCUCUUCCCUUCCCUUCCCUGUGUACAGCAAUGGCAUCCAUGCAGCACAGACUCUAGAACGUAAAGAGGACUGAAAAAAAAAGGAGAAAAAUGAAUGAAUGAAAGACAGAUAGAAGGAGGAGACGAAAGAUGAACAGACUGCAGAAAGUAGAGAAAGACGUAAUAAAGUAUUGCAGAAUGUAGGUGGCUGUGUACUGGUGUUAGGGGCAGCUAAACUUGGCCAGCCCAUGUCUUCUCCACUGCUCCCUAAUCCAAAGCCGCAAGAGGAGGUAUUCCUCAUGACUCUAUCCUUUAUGCUAACUCCUUCCUUCAAAAUAUUCUGGGACCAGUAGCCCCGUCUUCCGAACCUCAUAAUUCUAGCAGGGCUGCACAAAAUGUUCGCUCCUCCAUUAACCCCCUUUCUGCGGCUUUGGUUUAGUUGGCAGAUGCCUUUCCUGAGGACCGCUCGCACUGUGCCCGUUGCCCCUUUGCGUAGACAGGGUUGCAACGGCUGCGUUCUGAUCCUGUACAACCUAAAAUUUCCAGCACUUUGGCUCACACCUUGAUUUACAUUUUUGUUUUGUACCCCUGAUCCCUUUAUGGGCUUCUCUAACUCCUCCCCCUUCCUGUCACUGCCAAAAUACUGAGACACUGCUCACAUUCUUUGUAGUAUUUAUUUAUCAUAAUGUUGGGACCUUACCCUCUCUGCUGCUAGAGCUUAUUGCCAUUAACUCUUUCAUUACCAGAGGAGCAAUGCUAAGCAUGCUGCUGUGGCAGGGAAAGAGUUAGCAUGGCUUGCACUACUGGACCCUGGAAGUGUUAUCAGGCUUGCAUUGACCUCCUCCAACAGUUCUAAAUGGGGUUGAAACAGUCACCAUGACAGCUGUGUAUUGAUGUACCAAGAUGCCUUGUCUUUUCAAGGGGGAUGUAUGUGUGUAUAUGAUGACGAUAUUGUGUCACAUGCAGGAAAGAGAGUUUUCCACAUCAGUCCAACCACUAUAGAAAACCUUUAAUCAGGUGGAUUCUGUCACUUCAAAAAUUCUAACUGUGUAUACUGCCUCCUAGGUGGAAAUACUGCUACUGACAGGAUCUAGAUCAUUGUUGCACAACGCUCUGCCCUCCAGCUGUUACUGAAGCAUCCCAUGAAAUUUGUUUCAGCAGUAGCUUAAGGAGCAAUGGACAGCAGUUCCUGCUGCUCAUAAGAAUGGUCUUGCCCGUGCAAUGUUGUAAGGUGAAAUGUUCUGCUUUAUUCAACAAAAGCAAAUGUCCCAAAACAUCCUUCAAAUUUAGAUUAUGAUCCACAUGGAUUCUUUUAACAUAUAGUCAUCACUUACCCUACCAAAUCUAUAUGUUGUCGGCAAGGCUCAUUAACACAGUAAAUUAAUAGCACCCUGUGUAGAAAGUAAUUACUGGCAUUGUCAGUUAUUCCAGACACAAGACAUCUCUCAUUUACGGCAGCUAUAUUUUAGUCCUAAGAACUUCCUUGGUAAAUAAGAACAGGCAUUUAAGUAAUUGGUCAAGGUAAGGCAGAUCUUUAACAUCUAGCCAAAGAGUGUCCUCCAACUUUCUCCUGCCUGACCAGAGUUCUGAAGGGGCAGCCUAAAUAGAAGUUGGUUGUCUUCUCUGAUUAUGAGGAGUUUUUGGUGGGGAUGUAUGGAGCAGUUGGUGGAGGAAAUGUGAGUAGCAUUUGGGAAACAGAUUGCCAACAGCGCUCAAUGUUUGUGUAGCAGAAGCUUAAGUAGACGUUGCUGAUGGAGAUGGGAGCAUUUGAAUGACACAAAUGUGAAUGUUUUAUAAAAUUGCUGGUUAAAUUCUAUAGUCUUUAUCUCUCACCUCAAACUAACUCUAGGAAAAUAAAAAAUGUUUCCUAAUAUUUCAGAUAUGCUAAUAGCCCUUUAUAGACAGGGUGCAGGCAAAUUAUUUUGGCUCAAACACACUAUAACCAUUUUGCUGUCAGAGAGGCUUAGAACAUGGUACUAGAACAGGCCGCUGAGAUGAUUAACCAUUUUGGUGCUUUAACGGAUGCCGCUCAUUUUGUAAGCAAGGUUAUUUGCGCAAGCAAAAUAACACUAGUGGCAGAAUUAUGUAAACAGUGGGUUACUUUGUGGAUUCUUUUUAUUGCACAAAACACUUUACUGACCCGUCAUGUUUUGCUGUUACAUGUUGCGUGUCCUCACCAGCAUUGUGUUUUUCUGUUAUAUUUUACAAUAAGUGGAUUAAAAAAAAAAAAAUUAAGAUUUAGAAAUCAUCUUAACCUCCAUAUUUUUUUACUCAUAAGUUUCUAUAGCAUUUCUACUCUCCGUCUAAUGCACUUUGACGGGUUUAAAGCCCAGUUUAAAAUUCUGGCAAAUGACUAACAAAUAUAUUUUUUUUAUGUUACUCUCAGUAAGAAAGUCUCUCUUAAAAUUAAAAAAAAAAAAAUACAAAAUUAAAAAGGGCAAGGGGGAAUAAUUAAAAAAAAAAAAAAGUUAAGAACAAAGCAAGUACAGAUACAGACCUCUGUUUCGGUUACCAGAAAUCAGAAGGGAAAAAAAAAAUCUGAGUCAUUCAGAAACCAAAAGUGUGACGUUUCAUGGAAUAAUGGGUUAUCAUUACCUACUUCCAGUCUGUUUGGCAGCUUAUCCGUGAAACAUCUAUUACCAGGUGUGAGACUUUGUAAUGUGUUGCUUCGUGUAUUAAAAAAUAAGAAAAAAACAAAGAUCUAAAGAGAUUUAAAAAAAAGAAAAAGAAAAAAAAAAGAACCAUUUCCGAGUGUCUUUUAGCUGUCUCAUUCCAAUUUCAACGUGUGUUACAAUAUGCAGUAUAUUCUAAGCUAAUGUGAUUGUUUAUAUCUGUUGUCUUUCUCUGUGCUUUUAAAACUGUAGUCUGGGUCUGUCACGUUCUUUACUCCCUGUGUGUCAGUGAAUCAGUGGUACCUGGGGGCUCGUGGAUGUUUGUAUAGUGGCAACGCUGCUUUCACUGUUGGUACACCCUAUGGGUAACUUUGCUCUUUCUUUGUUUUAAUUUUUGCUAUCGCUUUUACUGUUGUGAAAUUUCAGUACUCUGUCUUAAUGACUGUUCUGUAAUUUUUACCUCUGUCCCGUGUCUGUCUUUACCACAUAAACGAGAAAGGAAACAUUUUCAGAAAGCUGCCUAUGUGCUUUGUGCAAGGGUCGAAGGUUAGCUCUCUUUCUUACCCCGCAUGAAGAUUGGCAGCUCUCCAGCCUCUUCGGAUUAGCUGCAGCUGUAGAGAAGUUGAUCUACCAUAUCAGUAGCUUACUGUAGUUUUGCAUCUACUCUAUCUAGAGGAGGCUCAUUAAUGGUGAUAGAAACAUUGGAAUGUUUCAUACACUUUAGCCAGUCUUAUCAGACUUUGUUUACACAUGUCAGCGGUCCAUGUACUGUAGGUACAGCUCUGCUUCUGCAGAGUCCUUGAAACCAUUUGAUUUACCCUGGUCAUUGAAAUCAAUGGCAAUUCAUAUGGUUACCCACUUACCGGCAUUACAGCAUUUCAUUAAGGUGUCACCUAAAGCUGGAUAUGCCUCCUAACUGAGUUACGUUGUCUUACCACAACCAAGUACCAUAUGGGGAAUAUUGGACAUGCUGUUUUGGAGUCCAAAUUAUGACAGAACAUCCUUGCUGUCUAUUACAGCAUUUAGAUAAUUAAGCUACAAUUUAUGGCUCUUUCCCCUACCUUUUGCUAUAGCAGGGGUGGGGAACCUAUGGCCCUCCAGCUGUUUUUGAACUACACAUACCAGCAUGCCUUGCUACAGUUUUGCUAUUUGGUCAUACUAAAACUGUUGCAGGGCAUUCUGGUAUGUGUAGUUCACCAACAGCUGGAGGGCCGAAGGUUCCCCAUCCCUGUGUUAAUGGGACAGUAAGACGAGAUAAACUAAAACCAAGUUACAACCAUUUUGUCUACUGGACUGGCUACUACUCUAGAACUCGAAAAUGCAAAUCUAGAAUUUUGUACAGAUGGAACGGGUCAAAAUGAUGACUCCUUGCACAUUCUCGGUGGUACAAACACUGAAAUCUCACUUCAAAGUCUUAUGAUUUACCCUUUGUCUUCCAUCCUUGUUUUUUGUUUGUUUGUUCGUUUGUUUGUUUGUUUUUCUUCUGUUCCUUUUUUUAAAUAUUUUUUUAAUAAGUGUUUGUGUUGUGUCAAAAGAUUAAAAAAAUAAUAUUAUUAAUAAUAAUAAACUAUUGAAGAUUUCUGGUUAUUUCAAAUGAGCAAAUUUAACAGCUGCUUUGAAAAUAAAUUGUCUGACAAUUUGCUAAAAUGACGAAAAAGUCAUUUUUAUGUGUGACGACUGUGUCUGUGUUUUUAACUAUUUCUUGUAAAUUAAUAUGAAAACUUUACGAGGUUGGUGCCACUUUGGUUAAUUAUUCAAAAUUAACAAGAGAGGGUUAAUAGGAAAUAGACAAAAUUGUACCUGUAAACCCAGCAGUGUUAUCAACUUAAACGUUUAAAAAUAUAUAUUAAAACGUUUAAAAAAAAAAUGCGAAAGUUAUGGGUACGUCUUAUUGUGUUUUGAAAUCUAACUCAGUUUUAACUCAACGUGCCUCAUCUGUUGUAAAAAAAGAAAGAAAAACAUUAUUUUUCCAUUAACCAUCAAAUUAAUUCAGUGCAGAAAAAAAAUAUACAAAAAAGCGAAAAAAAAUCUGUACAUAAUUUCAUUUUUUUAAACAAGGUUCUUUUUUAUACUUUUCUAGGCCUGCUGCUUACACACCAUACAUGCUGUCUUUUAUGUAAAUUAAUUUUUGAUUCAUCCGGCAGGUACCAUUUUCAUAAUAAACUUUACAUUUUGGA